AGCCCGCCGGGCGGCCUCACGCGGGCCGUUUCCGCUUCCGCUUUAACGUUCCGUCUCCGUCAGUCGCAGCGAGUCCGCGCUAGGCCGCCGCGGCGGGGAGCGGAAGUUUCGGGCUCGGGCCGGGCGGCGCUGAGGCAUGCAUGUUUUACAGAAUGAAGCUAAAUAUGUUGCUUAUCUGAAGGAGCCACAGUUGCUUUGACAACAGCUUUGUGAGAACAUCAAUUUCAGAUUAUCCGUUUACUGAGGAAUAACCUAGUGAAGAAGGCAAAAUUCAAAUAAUUGAAGUCAGCCUGCCGGUGAAGAUGUCGCUCUCUAAACGGGAAUUGGAUGAGCUGAAGCCAUGGAUCGAGAAGACAGUGAAGCGGGUCCUGGGUUUCUCAGAACCCACUGUGGUCACUGCAGCAUUGAACUGUGUUGGGAAGGGAAUGGACAAAAAGAAAGCAGCUGACCAUCUGAAGCCUUUUCUUGAUGAUUCCACUCUGCGGUUUGUUGACAAGCUCUUUGAAGCUGUAGAGGAAGGACGAAGCUCCAGGCACUCAAAAUCCAACAGUGACCGGAACCGAAAGAGAGAAUUGAAGGAUGUGUUUGGGGAUGACUCUGAGAUCUCCAAGGAGUCUUCCGGCGUUAAGAAGCGGCGUAUUCCACGUUUUGAGGAGGUAGAGGAGGAGCCGGAGGUUAUCCCAGGCCCACCUUCAGAGAGUCCAGGAAUGCUGACCAAGCUACAGAUCAAACAGAUGAUGGAGGCAGCAACCCGUCAGAUUGAGGAGAGGAAAAAGCAACUGAGUUUCAUCAGUCCUCCUGCACCCCAGCCCAAAACUCCCUCUUCAUCCCAGCCAGAGCGUCUCCCCAUCGGCAAUACCAUCCAGCCCUCACAGGCAGCCACGUUCAUGAAUGAUGCUAUUGAGAAAGCCAGGAAAGCUGCUGAACUGCAGGCCCGAAUCCAGGCUCAGCUGGCCUUGAAACCUGGGCUCAUUGGCAAUGCCAACAUGGUGGGGUUGGCCAACCUGCAUGCAAUGGGAAUUGCACCCCCGAAAGUAGAGCUAAAGGACCAGACAAAGCCUACCCCAUUGAUUCUGGACGAACAAGGCCGAACUGUUGAUGCGACUGGUAAAGAGAUUGAGUUGACGCACCGUAUGCCGACCCUGAAAGCAAACAUCAGGGCUGUGAAGAGGGAGCAGUUUAAACAGCAGCUCAAAGAGAAACCUUCUGAAGACAUGGAAUCCAACACUUACUUUGACCCCCGGGUCUCCAUAGCCUCAUCCCAACGUCAGAAACGCACCUUUAAGUUCCACGACAAAGGCAAAUUUGAAAAAAUUGCACAGAGGUUACGAACAAAGGCUCAACUAGAAAAAUUACAGGCAGAGAUCUCUCAAGCUGCCAGAAAGACUGGGAUCCACACCUCUACCAAACUAGCUCUUAUCACCCCGAAAAAGGAGCUGAAAGAAGGGGAGAUCCCUGAGAUAGAGUGGUGGGAUUCGUAUAUCAUCCCUAAUGGCUUUGACCUAACAGCUGGAGUCUACUCUAAAAGAGACGACUACUUUGGGAUCACAAACCUUGUGGAACACCCAGCACAGUUAAGCCCACCAGUGGACAGUGACACACCAGUGACUCUGGGCGUUUAUCUAACUAAAAAAGAGCAGAAGAAGUUACGACGUCAGACGCGGAGAGAAGCACAGAAGGAACUGCAGGAGAAAGUCAGGCUGGGCCUAAUGCCGCCUCCUGAGCCAAAAGUAAGAAUUUCUAACCUGAUGCGAGUACUAGGGACAGAAGCUGUUCAGGACCCGACGAAAGUGGAAGCUCACGUUAGAGCACAGAUGGCAAAGAGACAGAAAGCUCACGAAGAGGCCAAUGCUGCACGAAAACUAACAGCAGAACAGAGAAAAGCAAAGAAGGUUAAAAAACUUAAAGAAGAUAUUUCCCAGGGAGUGCAUAUAUCUGUGUACAGAGUCAGAAAUCUGGGCAACCCAGCAAAAAAAUUCAAAAUUGAAGCAAAUGCUGGGCAACUGUACUUAACAGGAGUGGUGGUUUUACACAAAGAUGUCAACGUGGUGGUAGUAGAAGGAGGCCCAAAAGCACAGAAGAAAUUCAAACGUCUUAUGCUCCAUCGAAUAAAGUGGGACGAGCAGACAUCAAACACGAAGGGAGAUGAUGAUGAUGAAUCUGACGAGGAGUCUGUUAAAAAGACAAACAAGUGCUCUCUGGUUUGGGAGGGUACAGCGAAGGAUCGCAGCUUUGGUGAAAUGAAAUUUAAGCAGUGCCCCACUGAAAACAUGGCACGGGAGCACUUUAAAAAACACGGAGCUGAGCAUUACUGGGACCUGGCUCUGAGCGAGUCCGUGUUGGAAUCCACAGACUGAGGGUGCUGCUGCCCCCAGCGUUCCCAUUGUUAAUUUGAGAACAGUACCUGGCUGAAAACUUGGACAGAAUUCCCUUCCUCCCCUCAAAUCCCCACAGUACGUUGCAUAUGAUUAAAGAAAUAUUUUUAAAACAACA